AUGGGUCUACUUGAUUCAUUAAUUGAAUGGCUUGGCCUUCGUAAACGUCAAGUUAAUGUAUUAGUUGUUGGCCUUGAUAAUAGUGGUAAAACUUCACUUUUAAAUUAUCUUUUACCACAUGAAAAUCAAUCAAAUAAUAUUGUACCAACAGUUGGUUUUAAUCUUGAACAUUUUUCAUGUAAAGGACUUUCAUUUACAGCAUUUGAUAUGAGCGGACAAAGUCGUUAUAGAACAUUAUGGGCAAAUUAUUAUCAUACAGCAAAUGGUAUUAUAUUUGUUGUUGAUAGUUCAGAUAAAACACGUAUACUUAUUGCUCGUGAAGAACUUCAACAAUUACUUUCGCAUCAUGAUAUAUCAUCAAGUAAUAUACCAAUAUUAAUAUUUGCAAAUAAAAUGGAUAUACGUGAUGCUUUAUCAGAUGUUGGUGUAUCAUCAGCAUUAGGUCUUGAUGCUAUUAUAAAUAAAUCAUGGCAUAUAUGUUCUAGUAAUGCACUUAAAGGUGACGGUGUAGCUGAUGGAUUUGAAUGGUUAUGUUCAGCUAUUAAAACUUCACUUGGACAAACCCGGUGA